UUGGGGGUCUUAUCUGUACGUUACCUUGUGAAGUGACUUUUGGUCUACGCCAACCAAUCGGAGAGAAAUUUAUUAAUUAUUGGUUGUUCAACGGAAGCUUUGAUUGGUAUAUUUGGAUUUCGUCGAUUGUGAAUCCUGUCUGUGGAGAGACGAUUCGUUGCCUGCGGUUUGCAUCAGGUUUAAACUGUGAAGUAUACAAGUAGACAAUUAGGUGAAGGUGGAAUCUGGAUGAGUUUCAAAAGUUGUUAUAAGAAAGAAUAUCAACUGAAAACUCUGUACAUAGAGAUAUCUCCAUCAAUUGCUGGAAGACACAUUGAUCAUCUAGCAUGGAUAUAGAGGUAGCCGAAAUUAAAGCUGGAGAUAGUUUGAAGACCAGAUCAAGUAAAAGAAGGGCGCAGAGAGCAAAGAAGAAGAGAAUGGAGAAGAAUGAAGCAAAAAUCGCUGAGCAGAUGUGUGGAAACUUGGAUGUGCCUGAAAAAAUUGGAGAUUGUAAAAUAGUCACAGAUACCUUGGAAAAAAGUAUUCCUGUGAUUGAUUCUCCCAUGCAACCAGCGGUUGAGGAUCCUGUGUCAGCGCCAAUAGACAGCAUUCCUGGUGUUAAUACAAAUGCAAAACAGAGAAAGAAACGGAAAAGAGUCAAGAAGGUAAAAUCUAAGGAUGAGCUCGUAGGUGUGGACCAGAGCUUGAUGGAUAUAGAGUCCACAGUAAACCCUGCUGAAGGGGGUGUGAGUGGCAAAAGAAAAAGAAGGAAGCGAAAAAAGGUGGCAAAAGUAAAAGAUGCAAUCCAAAGUACAAACCCAACAAAUGAGAAGUUAAAUUUGCAGUUAUCAGAUAGACAAGAGAUCAAAGGCAUCCACAUUGAGAAUGAGUUGAAAGCUGCAGAAUCCGAAUUUUCCACAAGUAAAGAAACAUCUUUAUCAGAUAUAGUGCUUGAUAAGGAUAAACUUUUAAGCUCGGGUAAGGAUUCAGAGCCUGUUGAUGUAUCCAAAGGAGUUGAGGUCCCAAGUAACGUAAAUUCUUCUGUAUUAGCUGAAGUUGUGACUGAACCUUCAAUGGAACCCAUGGAGGAGAAACUCCUUUCUCUUGAAACUAUCGAACAUAGGCCCAGCCAGACUCGUAUGGGUGAUGAGGAUGAAACUUCUAAUGGUGGGAUAAAUGUGGUAAACAUAGAGUGUGCAGCUCAAGAAUCUGAAUUUUCCUCAAGAAAAGAAUCGUCUUUAUCAGAUUUAGGACCUUCCACGGCCAACCUUCUGGAUUCCUGCAAAGAUAGAGAAACUGUUGAUUUAUCAGAUGUGGUUGCAGAUUCAAGUAACAGAAUUUUAUCUGAGUUGGGUGAAGGGCCAGGACCUAGACUCAAACCCAUGGAAGUGGAACAGAAACUUGUUCCUCUUGAAAUUCAGAAUAAGAUCAACCCUGAUCCAGUGGAUGAAAAGAAUGAAACUUGUAAAAGUGGUAUGAAUGGGGUAAACUAUGAAGGCAGGAAUACCUUCUCCAGUCAUGAUAUUGGUGUGGCUGAACAUAUUGCUUCUCCUGAUGUGAAGGAAGCAGAGUGUGUGUCCACUGAUUUACAUCCAGGAAUAGUGCCCCGCAGUGUUCGUAUUAAGAAAAAGCUUAUUGUCCUUGAUGUGAAUGGUCUCCUUGCACACAUAGUGAUGCCACCACCACUAGAUUGCACAGCAGAUGCUUAUAUAUUAGGGCGAGCAAUUUUCAAGAGACCAUUCUGUGAUGAUUUUUUGAAGUUCUGUUUCCAACAUUUCGAUGUGGGCAUAUGGUCGUCAAGAUCCAAGAGAAUAAUUGAUAGGGUUGUUACUUAUCUAUUGGGAGGUCUGAGGAACAAACUGAAAUUUUGUUGGGAUAUGUAUCAUAGUACCCAAACCGGGUACAAUACUCUUGAGAACAGACAUAAGCCCCUGGUCUGCAAGGAACUGAGUAAAAUUUGGGAAAAUGAAGAUCCUACUUUGCCUUGGAAGAAAGGAGAUUAUAAUGAAUCAAACACACUUUUGUUGGAUGAUUCUCCUUAUAAGGCGUUGCUCAAUCCAUUGCAUACUGCAAUAUUUCCACAUUCGUACCAAUAUCAGAAUAAGAAUGACAAUUCAUUAGGUCCGGGAGGUGAUCUGAGAGUUUAUUUGCAAGGGCUGCUAACAUCUGAAAAUGUACAGAAAUAUGUCGAGCAACAUCCACUUGGUCAGGGUGCUAUAAAUGAAAGUAAUUUGUCAUGGGGGUUUUACUCGGGAGUUCUUCAAACACUGUCCAACCAAACGGAAAACAAUCCAAUGCCGUACCUCGUUUGAGUUCUUUCGAAGGGCUUAAAUGAUCUUGGGAAGCUAUAUAUGUUUUUUGUUUCUUGCUCAUUGAAUUUGGAUUAAUCGAGCUGCUGAGCAAGGUGUCUGAUCUCAAAUAUACAAAUAUAGGAUACAGAUGCAGUUAUUUAGGUAAGUCCAACAUGCACAGUCACACACACAUACGCAUAUAUACAUUAUAGAAAUGAGUUGGGCAGCUUCACACUGAUAGUAACUGGAAAAAGGGUUGGAGCCGGUGAGCAUAUAUCUUUAAUCCAUUGCUACUAUAUAUACUUGAACUGAAAUUCAUAAUAACUUUUUGAAUUCAGUUCGAUAAACAGUUGAUGCUUUUUGGGAUCAUACCAUUGGUUGUUACUGUGUUCUCAUUUUCAA